AUGGAAGAUCCGACGGACGUGAACAUGAGCCCCCCGAGGCCCCAGGACUAUCUUUCCGGUUGUGAACUAAAGGCCAACAAAGACGAUCACUUUAAGGUGGACUCCAACUCCAAAAAAAAAAGGAAAGAAAAUGAGCACCAGUUAUCUUGAAGAACGAUCAGUUUAGAGGCUGUUGCAAAAGGAUUGCACACUGUUGAAGCAGAGGCGAUGAAUUAUGAAGGCAGCCCAGUAAAAGUAACACCGGCAACCUUGAGAAUGUCUGUGCAGCCAAUGGUUUCCCUGGGGGGCUUUGAAAUAACACCACUCGUGGUCUUAAGGUUGAAGUGCGGUUCAGGCCCUGUGCAUAUCAGUGGACAGCACUUAGUAGCUGUGGGAGAAGAUGCAGAGUCGGAAGACGAAGAGGCUGAGGAUGUAAAGCUCUUCAGUAUAUCUGAAAGGAGGUCUGCUCCUGGAGGUAGUAGCAAUCCUCAGAAAAAAGUAAAGCUUGCUGCUCAUGAAGAUGACGAUGAUGAUUUGGAUGAUGAGGAAUCUGAAGGAAAAGCUCCAGUGAAAAAAUUUAUACAAGAUACUCCAGCCAAAAAUGCACAAAAAUCAAACCAGAAUGGAGAAGACUCAAAACCAUCCACACCAAGAUCAAAAGGUCAAGAAUCCAUCCAAAAACCAGAAAAAAAAAAAACUCCUAAAACACCUAAAGGACUUAGCUCUGUCGAAGACAUUAAGGCAAAAAUGCAAGCACGUAUAGAAAAAGGUGGUUCUCUUCCCAAGGUGGAAGCCAAGUUCAUCAGUUAUGUGAAGAAUUGCUUUCGGAUGACUGACCAGGAGGGAUUCAAGUCUCUGGCAGUGGAGGAAAUCUCCUUAAGAAAAUAG